CUGGCAACAUGAGCUAUGGAGUUGCCAGUUGAUUGACAGGUCUGUCAUAGUUUGGUGUUGACAUAAGCCACACCCACUCAUAUAAAUAAAGCACAUUGAUUUCCUCAUCUUAAUUUCCUUGUUGGUACUAGUCUGAUUCAGUACAGCAAUGGUUCAUAUAAUCAUUUCAGCGCUGUUGAUCUGUGGCAUGGGUUUGCUCACAGUGACAGCAUCUCAGACAACCAACAUAUCAGCUCAUCCAGGAGAUAAUAUCACUCUCUGGUGUCAACACACUUUACAAAUUGGAGAAUACAUGCACUGGUUCAAGCAAACAAACAGUGGUGUACCUAUUAGUAUUGUACGCAUGAUGUUACAUUUCAAUACUGAAGCAGUGCCAACAUAUGUAAACGAUUUUAAACCAGACCGUCUUGUGAUGUUUCUGAACCGGAAAAACAGCUCCUUAAGUAUUUUAAAUGUGGAUAUUUCUGAUUCUGGUCUGUACUACUGUGGUUGGGGCAGUUGGGUGAUCACAUUUGGUGAUGGAACAAACAUAGAAAUUAAAGAGAGGACCAUUACGAAACUGAAUAAUGAAACUUAUAAAGUCACAAAUAAAGAUCUUAAGAGGAGUCCAAUUUCUGAAAAAUACUGUCCUGGAAACAUCUUUUAUAAACUGACCUUUAUUUUUGGUGGUAUUGUUGUUAUUCUUAUCAUCAUCAUUCCUCUCACACUGUUCAUUGUUAAGAUCAGAAAAACACAGGAAAAAGAUGCUGAUCAGCAAGUAACUGAACAUCAUGAGGAUCCUCAUUCAACACUGUAUGCAGCUCUACGGUUCUCAAAACAGAAACCCAGAAGAGCAGCCAGACAUGCUGAGGAUGCAGACGUUGUGUAUUCUGCUAUAGUCCAGCAAUAUGGUCCAUUAGCCUAAUUUUAUGUUUACAAGCUAAUAUCAAGCUAUAUGUUUCAUCAAGACUUUAAUAUUUAUAUGCUAAUGCCAUCAAUUUGAAAGUGUAUGUGGGCUCUGCAAUGUUUAAUAUUUUUGAUACAAUAAAAGUUGUAAAAUCAUGUGAAAGUUCCAACACUAUCUCACGACCAAUUCG